AUGCGCACGGCAGCGCGCUGGUUCAAGAACCGUAGGAUCCCGCUUCAAACUGAAGACAUCCUCAUCUAUGGUGCACUGGCGUCCUUUGCGAUCAUGACUGCGCUCUACCUCGCCACGAUUCCAACCCUUUUCGACUCUAUAGCUAUCAAAGCGGGUCUCAUGAAGCCAUAUGCCAGUCUCGAAAACGAUCUCGUCGUGAUGCUGCAUGAAUUUUUUUUUGGUCCAGUUUUUCUUCUGGCUGACGUUGUGGAUGGUCAAGUGGAGUCUGAUGUUUAUGGUCAUCCCCAUGCGCGUGCUCUGGAGUUUGAGAAUCUCGCUUGCGGAAAAGUUUAG